UUCAAAUUUUGUAUUCUUGAUUUGUUUAGAAAUGAUAUUAACGGAUAUGGCAGGAGACAUAGAUACACUUAUUAAUUACAAAGAAUGUGCAAGCGAUAUGUGCAAUAAUGAAAGUGUUAAUGUACCAACACUCUGUGAUAUUAAUGAAAAGACUGACUUAUCAGUAGAUGAAAAUAAUAAAAAUCGUAAGACUGAUAUGCAGAACCAUCCAAAGAAGUUGACUAGUAAUGUUUCUGAAAUGAUAUUAACGGAUAUGCCAGAAGACAUAGAUGCACUCAUUAAUUUAGAGCUAUGUCCAAGUGAAAUUUUCAAUGAUAAUAAAAAUGUUUUUAAUUCAUUAACAUUUUUCUAUGGUAAAAAAACAAACUUAUCAUUAGAUGAGAAUAAUAACAAUCAUAAGAUUGAUAUGCAAGAUCAAUCCAAGAAAUUGAAUUGUAACGUUCCUGAAAUAAUAAUAGUGGACACAGCAAGAGACAUAGAUGCACUCAUUAAUUAUGAGGAAUGUACAAAAAUUUGCAAUGAUAAUGAAAAUGUUAAUAUGUUAACACCCCAUGAUAUUAAUGAAGGGAUAGAUUUUGUAGAUGACUACAAUAACAAUUGUAACACUGAUAUGCAGAACCACAUCGAGAUAUCAACUCUUAAUAUUUCUGGUAUGUAUGAAACAUAUCAAAAGUACAUAAAAAAAUAUAAAUGUUUCUGA